UGAGCCGCGUCGUCAUGGAGACGGUUUGAAGAAUUAAUCCAUAAAUAUUUUAAAACGCUUAAAGUUAGUGAGAAACAGGUGAUUUUAAUUUAAACCUUAAACCCUGAAAAUUCAAAAGGGGAAAUAAUAUUUGCGUCAGAGGUGUUGUUGCUGCGUCGUGACGAACCCGGAAGUGUGAGCAGCAGCUGCAGCUAGCAGCGGCUAACGGCUAGCUGUGGUCGGUUGGAGCAGACAGACGGACGGACAGCUGGUUUCUUGUCAUCCAAUCACUGAGACUGUCCCCCCCUCUGUCCCCACCUCUGUCCCCACCUCUGUCCCCCACGUCCCCCCCAGGGAGUCGUGGAUGGAAGUGUGGAGCUGUGUGAUGGGACCAGAGAGAGUCUUGCCAAACUCUGAGGAUGAGCUGGGGGAGGACGAGCGUCCGUCCAACGGAGCGCCGCUGCCAGGGGGGGUGGUGUGGAGUGGUGGGGGAGGAGGAGGUGAGGAGGAGGGAGGGAUGGAGCUGGAUGCUGAGGAGGAGGAGGAGGAGGAGGAGGAGAACAGUGGAGCUUAUUAUUACCAGCCUCUCAACCAGGAACCUGAUGGACUGAACCAUGGGGGGGAGGACCCUGGGGAUGAGAGGGAGGGGCCUGAUGAGCAAGGGGAGGAGCCAGGGGACCGGGGGGAGGGACCUGAUGAGCAAGGGGAGGAGCCUGGAGAACAGGGGGAGGUGGCCUCACACAUGGAACAGCUGCAGCAGGUGCAGCAAAGGAUACAGGUGAUGGGUCUCCACCUCCCUGAAGCUCCUCCUCCAGACAGCGACGAGGAGGAGGAGCCUGAAGGAGCAGUUGAGAGGACGUCCAUCCCCAUGGACGCAGACCAUGUGGAGCUGGUGAAGAGGACGAUGGCGUCCGUGGCGUUGCCGUCUCUGGGCGUCCCACCGUGGGCCAGAGAAAUCUCUGACGACCAGUGGACAGACCUGGUCCAACGGGCCCUGAACACACCACGCCGUCCCCGCCUUCCACACGUCCCCGGGCCCUGAAUGCACCACGACUAUUCCAAUGGACCCUGAACGCACCGUGCCGUCCCUGCCAUCCCUGUGUCCUGAAGCAUCACGAAUAUUCCAACAGACCCUAACCGCACCAUGGCCACUUCAGGAGCAGUAAAGCUGUGUAGGAACUUUAGGUGAUGGAAACCUGAACAUUUUUUAAAACUACUUUAGUUUAGAUUAGUUUAGUUUAGGGGUAGAUCAGCUUAGAUCAGAUAGUUUAUUUGUCUCUGCCUCAGUGAUGGUGGAACUGAUUGAUUCCUGAUUAACAAUCAAUAAACAUGUCGACCAGUG